CCCAAUUCCUCACCACCAUCUCUUCUUCUCUCUUUAAAUCCAUGAAGUCGUGUUAACUAAACAUUCUGAACUGUUGAAGAAGCUGUCUGCUUCUAAGAGAGGCCAAAAACUGUAGCUUUCUGCUUGGACUCUCUCUCGACAAGUCUGGGUGCUUUGGAUUCUAUCUCUCGGAGCAACUUUGUAUUACGUAUUGAGGUCUCUGGGGAUCCAAAUUCAGAUCUUGGUCUGUAAAAAGCUCAUCUUGGACCGCUCUGCCUCCAAAAUCCAUUUCCUUCUCAAAGCUCUCGCCUUUGGACUCCACCCAAAUUCGAUCCUUACGAAGAAGCUCAUCGGCACCGGUUCUCGUGGUUUACUGAAACGGAUGGCUCCUUUUCGAGCCUUGGUGGGGGUGGCAGCCCUACUGCCUCUGCUGCUGCAAUGCAGCGUGGCGGUGACGGAAGUGUCGUGCUCCGACAUAGUGCCGAUGAAGUGGCGAAGGGAGGUGAUAUCGAUCACCGACUUCGGAGCGGUGGGCGACGGGAGGACGCUCAACACUUGGCCCUUCAAGAAGGCCAUAUACAGAAUCCAGCACCUUCGGAGCAGGGGAGGAACCCUUCUCUACAUCCCUCCCGGUGUUUGGCUCACAGGGAGCUUCAGCCUAACCAGCCACAUGACCCUUUACCUGGCCCGAGGAGCUGUAAUCAAGGCCACCCAGGAUACAUGGAACUGGCCUCUGGUAGACCCUUUACCAUCAUAUGGAAGAGGGAGAGAGUUGCCCGGCAGGAGAUACGUGAGCUUCAUUCAAGGAGAUGGAAUCAGCGACGUAAUAAUUACAGGUGAGAAUGGGACGAUUGAUGGUCAAGGUGAUGUGUGGUGGAACAUGUGGAGACAAAGAUCUCUCCAUUUCACCAGACCAAAUCUCUUGGAGUUCAAGAACUCCAGAGAUGUUAUCAUCUCCAAUGUGGUCUUUCAAAACUCUCCAUUUUGGAAUAUCCACCCUGUAUAUUGCAGCAAUGUGGUGAUAAAGUAUGUGACAGUGUUGGCUCCGUAUGACUCUCCUAACACUGAUGGAAUAGAUCCAGAUUCCAGCUCAAAUGUCUGCAUCGAGGAUGCUCAUAUUGCAACCGGAGAUGAUUUGGUGGCCAUAAAGAGCGGGUGGGAUGAGUAUGGAAUCGCUUAUGGCCGUCCCAGUUCUGGCAUCACGAUCCGAAGGCUCCAAGGAUCUUCACCGUUUUCUGGGAUCGCCAUCGGAAGUGAAACCUCAGGCGGGGUGGAGAACGUCUUGGUGGAGAACAUCAACCUCUACAACACCGGAUUCGGCAUCCACAUCAAGACCAACGCAGGCAGGGGAGGGUACAUAAGAAACGUGACAGUCGUCAAUGUGAGCAUGAACAAGGUCCGCAAGGGGAUCAGAAUUGCAGGGGAUGUUGGUGACCAUCCCGACGAGUACUUCAAUCGAUACGCGAUGCCGACGGUGGACGGUGUGACGAUCAAGAACGUGUGGGGCGUCGACAUCCAGCAGCCUGGAUCGAUAGAAGGCAUCAGGAGCUCGCCCUUUACUCGAAUAUGCCUGUCCAAUGUCAAGCUCUGGGGUGCUUUGAUGCAUUACGAGCAGCCAUGGAAGUGCAUGGACGUUAGCGGAGCUGCUCUCGGGGUCCAGCCAUGGCCGUGCUCACAGCUCACCGGCACCUUUAGCGCAGGGUUUUGCUCGAGUGCUUUCUAAAGCUUGUCCAUUCUUUCGGCUGUCUGCCAUUCGAGGAGCUGCUUCCGAGCUUGGAUUUGGGUCAGCUCAACAGGGUGAUGUUAUGCCCUCUUACCACUGCUGCGUUUGUAGUCGAUUUCACGUGAUCAAUGUGUAUUAACUAACUACUCAUGCAAAUCUUGCAUUCGGCAAGGCUA